AUGCGGCAGUCAGACUGUCUCUGGCUGAUGUAUCAGAGGGCACAUCAGACAAGCCCCCAGGAAGUCUGCGGAGUGUUGAAGAAAAUGCUUGUAGUCGCCAAUCCAUGCAUCCCUCUCUUCUCCCCUCAACCUCUCUGUUUCCUGCUCUCUUUCACCUCGCGUCCCUCUUACUCCAUCUUUGUCUCUCAGAACGACAGCGCGGUGGACAGUAAUAAGGCGGAUCCCCCGGAGAGUCUGAACACGCUUCUGGCCGACAUCUCUCUGGACGACGUACAGUCCACCCCAGCUGAAUCCCCCCCCUCCUUCAAGCCUCCGCCCCCACCAGGGGUGCAGAGGCGGCCAACUAGACGAGAUCCGGUCAACAAAAGCCCCUCGUCCGAAUCCUCCCAAUCAGGCCUGUACUUCACAGCCCCGUCCAAUCACCAGCACAGCAGAGAGCCAGGACACGCCCCCGCCUUACCCUCACUGCACAAACGGGAGCACCCCAGGGACCCCUCCCGGGACUACGCGGUUAUUAAAAAGAGAGAACCCACGGUACCUUCCAGGAGAGAACAGAUAGCUGCUGCUCAGCUGUCUAAGCUCACACAGCACAACAUUGGCCCUUUCCCCAGGGUCCUGUCCCCCAGCAGGGGCACCAGACCCGCUGCCCCGUCCCCUUCACCUCCACCUCCACCUCCACUCCCUGCCCCUCCUCCACCCCCUUCUCUUCCUUUUAAACCAGUGUCCAUGUCCAAAGCCCCCCCCUCCUCGCCGGGCUCUAAGCAGCAGUUUGUUACGGUGGAGGUUCACAGGCCCAACGCAGAGCCCGACGUCAACGAGGUGCGGCCCCUUCCCCAAACUCGAGGUGGCGCUCUGUCUCAGCUGUCAGACAGCGGCCAGACCCUCAGUGAGGACAGCGGGGUGGACAUAGCUGAGUCAGGACACAUCAGCAAAGACAGCAUCACCCACUUCUCACACACACGCCACCCCCGGGACACCCAGGGGGGCGGGGGGGACCACCCCUCCAAACCGGUGAGGGGGCGAUUCACAACAGCUGUGAGACAAACAUGGAUGGAUGAGUGGAUUCAUUGUUAAACUCUGAGGAAUGGGAAAUGUAUUUAGUUUAGUUAUGUGUGUGUGCUGUCAUAGUUCU